AUGCCGGCCACCACACCCUCUGAACCCACGACCGCCGAGCAACCCCGCGCUCUCCCCCCACCGUUCAACACCUCCCUCCAACCCUUCGAGCUCAUCACCCAAGGCGCGGAAGCCCUCCUCUACAAAACCACCCACCUCUCCCCCACGAACCCGGCCGCGCUCAAAAUCCGCCCAGCAAAAAAAUGGCGUCACCCUUCUCUCGACAAGCGCCUUACACGGCAACGGAUCCUCGCCGAAGCGCGAGUCCUCGUGAAGUGUAAAAAGGAAGGCGUGGCGGUGCCGGCGGUCUGGGGCGUGGAUUGGGAGAAUGGAUGGAUGAUGGGGGAGUGGAUUGAAGGCGCGGGGACCGUGAAGGAGGUUUUAAGGAGGAGGAGGAGGAGGGCCGGGGGUGAGGAGGAGGAGGAGGAGCAGGAGGAAGUGAAAGCAUUGUUGCGAAAGGUGGGAGCCGCGGUGGGCAAGUUACAUUCCAUCGGGGUGAUACAUGGGGAUCUCACGACUUCGAAUAUGAUGCUUCGCGGCGGCGGCGGCAACGACGCCGAUGACGGGGCAGGGGAGAUUGUACUCAUAGACUUCGGACUGGCUACGCAGGCUGUACAGGAGGAAGACCGAGCUGUGGAUCUGUAUGUGCUUGAGAGGGCGUUUGGAUCUACGCAUCCCAGGGAGGAAGGGUUGUUUGGGGAGGUAUUGGAGGCUUAUGGGGAAGGCUAUAAGGGUGCGAAGGCGACUCUGAGGCGAUUGGAAGAUGUCAGGAUGAGAGGGCGGAAGAAGAGUAUGAUUGGGUGA